AUGAACACCACUGUCACGCCAUCAGACCUGGUGGAUGGGCCGAGACAUCAGUCCGUCAAUGGCACCCUGGGGCACCACCCGCCGUCCGGCUGGGCCGUGAUCCACACGGCCACCUUGACCUUCUGCUCCCUGCUCCUGGUCUUCAUCUUCUGCCUGGGCUCCUACGGCAACCUGGUGGUGUUCCUGUCCUUCUUCGACCCGGCGUUCCGCAAGUUCCGCACCAACUUCGACUUCAUGAUCCUCAACCUGUCCUUCUGCGACCUGUUCAUCUGCUGCGUGACGGCGCCCAUGUUCGCCCUGGUGCUCUUCCUGGACGCCGGCGGCGGGGACGGCGUGUCCAAGAGCUUCUGCUUUGCCUUCCACCUGACCAGCUCGGGCUUCAUCAUCAUGUCCCUGGAGACGGUGGCCGUCAUCGCCCUGCACCGGCUGCGCAUGGUUCUGGGGCAGCAGCCCAACCGCACCGCCUCCUUCCCCCGCACGCUGGUCCUCACCGCCCUGCUGUGGACCUCCAGCUUCACCAUGGCCGCCCUCCUGACCCUGAGGGCGUACCCACACAGAGACGGGCCCUGCUUGCCCCACUUCGGCCUGGGAGGCGGACAGGCCAGGGUGGUGCUGUACGUCUACCUGGCAGACUUUGCCUUCUGUGUCGCGGUGGUGUCCGUGUCCUAUCUGAUGAUCGCGCAAACCCUGAGGAAGAACGCCCAGGUGAGGAAAUGCCCCAUCAUCACAGUAGACGCCACCUGUCCUCCGCCCCCUCCGCCUCUCAUUGCAGCCGGCUUCGAGAGCAUGCAGUGUGCCGUCCAAGGCCCGUCUCUGUACCGCAACCAGACUUACAACAAGCUGCAGAAUGUGCAGAUACACUCGUAUGCCAACAGGAGCGGCCACCCUCUGGUCCCCGGUGCUGCCCAGGGAGCCACCUGCUGUCAGCUGGUGUCCACGGUCAACUUGGCCACAGCCACGGCCAAAGACUCCAAGGCAGUGGUCACCUGUGUUGUUAUCGUGUUCUCUGUGCUGCUGUGCUGCUUGCCGAUGGGGGUUUCACUGGCACAGGACGUCCUGUCACCAGAAAGCAGCUUUGCACAUUACCAGUUUGAACUGUGCGGCUUUGUGCUCAUUUUUCUCAAGUCGGGCAUCAACCCCUUUGUGUACUCGCGGAACAGCGCGGGCCUCCGCCGCCGCGUGCUGUGCUGUGUCCAGUGGGCGGCGCUGGGCUUUCUCUGUUGCAAGCAAAAGACUCGUCUGCACGCGAUGGGGAAGGGCAGCCUGGAAGUCAACCGCAAUAAAUCCUCCCAUCACGAAACCAACUCGGCCUACGUGCUGUCUCCCAAGCCCCAGAGGAGGCUGGUGGACCAGGCCUGUGGGCCCAGUCACUCCAGGGACUGCGUCGGGAGUCCAAGAGCCACAGGUGCUCGCAAACCUCGCCCGCCGAGCACCUCCACCCCCAUCAACACCCGCAUCGAGCCCUACUACAGCAUCUACAACAGCAGUCCCUCUGCAGGGCCCAGCUCCCCCACCAGCCUGCAGCCGGUCAGCUCUCAGACUUUUGCCUUCGCCAAGUCAUACGUGGCCAUGCACUACCACACACACCAGGACGCACUACAAGACUUUGAGAGCACCUCAGUGCACCAGAUUCCCAUUCCCUCAGUCUGA